AUGAGUUGUGAAAAUAAGAAAUAUGCAGUAGUUAAAUUUUUAUCAGAUUCUACAUAUUCUGAAAUUCCAACAGCAUGGCUUUUUAAAGAUAAGGAGGAUAUUCAGCAAUGUUGGUGGCCACCUCGAACGGCAAACAGUGCAACAUUAAUAAUAAACUGUGAAAGUCCCGAUUCUACAUGGAAUAGUUAUGAAGUGGAUAUCUUUAGAAAGAAUGCAGCAGAUUCUAAUUAUAGCACAACCGACGAAGAACGACUGGGCCGAGGAAAGAGGCAACGUAUUUUGUAUAGUCGUUUCAGCGAUGAAGAAGAAUAUGAUCAUCAAUCUCAACCUCGAAAAUAUACGAAAAAAAAACAAAUUAAAACUGCUGUUCAGGCAACCACCAACACUAUUCAGCAACUACCAUCAUGUCCUCCAAACUUGGAUUUUAUUAACAAAGAACAACAAAACAAGAUCUUAAAAAUUAAUAAUGACAACAGACACAACAAAAUUAUUACUUCACAAAAUGAAGAAGAAAAUGAAUUAUUGAUAACAACAGAUAUGGGAGACAAGGAGAAUGAAUAUUCCAAUCUGUACAAUGUACCCAUAAUAUUACAAGGGAACGCUCCACCGAUUCAAAACUUAGAAGAUAUCUCUAAUAUAAAAGAUAGUAUACAACAAAUGUUGCGUAUGCAAGCAGUAGCAAAUAUUACAUUAAAAGAUUUGCAGCAACGAUUAUUAAAAAUAGAAAGGGCCAUUAAACACCGCGCGUUAAGUCCUGAAAAAAUUAAUGAUGAUGUCAUAGCGCCAUUCUUACCAUUAACAACAAUUGAACUUAUAAAAGAGUUUGAUGCACUACUGAAAAUAUCAGCUGAAGCUGUGAGACAAUUUAAAGAGUUUUUAUCAAAAACGGGUGGAAAUAACGCCAGAGAUAAUAUCCAUCGUAUCCUGAGGAAAACUUUAACAAAUGAGUGUUCUAUGAAAUGUUCUUGGAAAGGACUACGAAAUAAUUUCAGAGUCUCAAACUUACAUUUUAUAAAAAUGAUUAAAAGACAGGUAACGUCGCAUUAUACCACAUGCACGGAAACUGAAUUCGAAAAUAUAGUUGCAGAGUGGUUACGCUUUGCAACACAGAGAAAUAAGAGAGAGAGAGCGAAAGAAAAUAUUGACGGAAACAAUAGUGAAGAAAAC